AUGGCGUUUGCUGAUCUGUUCCUAGGAGCUUUGAGUUUACCAGUAUACAUUUACGAUGUCGGGUAUGAGUUCCACCUAUGGACCACGUUCGUUGGAAACUUAUGGACCUACAAGCCUAUCUUAAUUCCCUACAUGAUCGUUGACACAGCUUUCUCGCAGGCCUCUCUUAUUUCUGCAGUGUUCAUAACGUGUGAAAGAUUUUACGCCAUACGUUGGCCGUUUAAGCAUCGAAACUUAUCGACACAAGCAUAUCGCAUUGCCAUAUUUUCAGUGUGGGUACUGGCUCUCCUUAUUUCCGCAACCAUGACCGGUUCAAACCUAUUAUUUUCUUACAAGUACACUGUGUUUUUUUGGGGGCCGUACACUUUGAUUCUAAUUUUAAUCACAUGUGGCUGUAACAUUGGCAUUUGGCAAAAGUUUCAAACUGCAAGAGUCGCCGCUUCACAUCAAGAAAGCCGAGACUUACAAAACAAGCGCUUAACAAAGACUUUGUUAAUUGUAUCUGGCCUUACUUUACUCGCUUGGCUGCCGUUAGUUUUGUUAAACUUUCUAAUGUUUGUUUGGGUUUUCCAUGUACCAAGACGAUUUUAUGAUAUGGUAAACCUUUUCAACUACUUUAACUCCUUUGUCAAUCCAAUUUUUUACGCAUUAAGAAUUGCUGAGUUUCGACGAGCACUGGCUUUAUGUUGUACAGGAAGACAUGUACAAGCAGCUGUAAACACAAAGCUUUCUAAAAGAAGGAAAGAGAGGCACAGAAGGACCGCUGAGUUUAGUGAUGACCUGGCUUUCGAACAGAAUGUUCUGGAUACCAAAAUGUAAAACAUAUAAUUCAAACACUAGCUGGAACUCGAUUAAAAUGAAAUAGGUAGAACAGGAGCUGAAUAUUUUAAUGUCAGGAAGUCGAAGUUAAAAACCUAGUAAUGCCUCUCAAAUGAUGGAAAUGACAACAGUAGUGUUAAGUAAAAAUUGUUCAAAUAAAUGAGACAUAUAAUUAGGCACUAUUCGUGUACAUUUAAGUCAGCAAUACAUGACAGGAUAAAAACUGUGUCUUAGUUGACGACUUCAAGGGUCAUUACCGGUCAGGUAUAUUUUCUAAAGUAACCAGAACUUCAGAAACAGCAAAAAAGGAAGAAAAAUGACUCUUUGAGUCGCAGAAAAGCGCGAAAUAUAAUUAUGAUAUUAGGUUGUAGAUUUAUUCCAUUUUAGGGAAACAGCUUCGUCAGCUCUUAUGACAUGAAGCCCUCUGCUUUACUGUUUUAUUUUUCAUCGUGUUUUAUAGUUGUUUGUUUUCUGUCUUUUUCAUUGUUGAUUCACCUCAGUAAAAUUGACGGGAAGGCUGGCUCUUUGCCCGAUGGUAGUAAACAAGAUAAUAGUUUGCCAGUUUCUCCCAUUGAUUGCUGACUCACACGGAGAAAUGCUUGCUCAUUUACACAUAAUACUAAGUGAGGACUUUCUAUUUCUCGUUAAAUAUACUAUACAAGGCAGAAAAGUACUAUAAAACAUUUUAAUUUGCAUGAUAAAGGAUUUGUAAAGAUAAAGAGCUCGAACAGAUGUACCAAAGAUGUCUGCACAAAGACACCUUAUGGUAUAGGGUACGAUCACAAAAGAAACAGUUCAAAACAUAAACUAUAAGAUAAAUAUACGAUUACUAUAAGAUUAGUAUACGAUCAUGUGGUAAAAACAAAAAAGUGACACACGAGGCAGAGGCGAGGAUGUCAUUAAUCACGUUCUUGCCUUAUUUUGACAUCUUCUGUAAUCUAUUACUGUAGAGAUCCACAGCAACGUGUAAUAUAAUUGUCAUAUAUGACAACCAACCAAUCAAGAUGCAUGUAUCAUUCAUUUUAUCGCUUCGAUAUUCAUAUGCAGUUGUUAAAAUUUGAAGUGGAAAAAAUAAUUCCUACUUAUCUUUACAUUGAAAUGUAAAUCUCACCAUUUCAAGGACUCACGCUGACGCAUAUGCAUUACGUAUGGGUAGUGAAGCGAUGAAAACUCCUAACCAGGAUGGGGAAUUAACCUAGCUAGAAUCGAGAGAUGUUGUGUAUAAACAGAAGACAUCAAUUUUUUGAACGUGUGUGAAAAAAAAGUUAUUGCCGUCAGAUGAUAUUCUACAUAUGCCAAAUUUUUGGCAGGUAUUUAUGUUUGAGGUUUUUAGGAAACUUUUCAUAAAUUAAACGAAUACGGAGGGACAGAUGUUCCAAGCUUUUCGAACACGUCCUGGAGGCUAGGAAAGUAGACCGAAAUAAAACUUUUGAUAACUUACACUUUCAAUAGUUGCUUGAAAAAGCUUGAAUUUACGGAAGGUUCCAGAGGAAAUAUAUCCUUAGAUAAACUAUUUGAACAUGUGUCAAUAAAAAAUAGCAUUACAGGAAGACAGUUUCUACUCUCUACCCGUUACCUUAAAUAUCACGAAUAUAUCAAUGGCUUUCUGAAGGAUGAAACUGUCAGCAAGUUAGAGAUUGAUUGGAGACCGUCAAGAAAAGCAGUUGGUAAUACAGUCAAACCUGUAUUUAACGGGGUAUGGCGGAUUGACCGCUUAAAUCAGGUUGACCGCUUAAAUACAGGCUCCACAGAAUAGAGAAGUUAUAAAAAACGAUAAAAAACGCCAUUUUAUGUCAUAAGUGACAACCAAGAGAAUAUUUUUACAUUCUUUUGCAGACCACUUCAUGUAAAAAAUAUUACCAACAUUGAUUUCGGGGGAAAUAAAUGGAUGAAAUUUUGCUUGAAAGAGAAAUCUUCGCUUAGUUUGAGCUGUACGGUUCCGCUCUCAGUGACCGUUCAAUACAAGUGGAAAAUAGUACAAACAAGCCGCAAGGACUCAGGGAAGGGUGAGCACAACCGCUUAAUAGAGAUGACGCUUAAUAGAGCUGACAAAUUACAGUAGUAAAGGGCAACAAAUUUCGGGACUUUGAAAACCAACCGUUAGAUACAGGGUGACCGCUUAAUACGGUGCCGCUUUAUACAUGCAGGUUGGACUGUACACGGCUUUCCAAAUUGAGCUUGAGACGCUUCAAAGCUAACGGUUGAAGAAUAAUUCAACCGAGGGAGGAUUUAACGACCUGAAGAGGCUAAAAAAGGAAAAAAAAACACAGCACUUCAGUGCAGUGCAAUUGAUAUUUUUUGGCAAAGAUGCGCUCAAAAUUUGAUUGUAGAGCGUUGAUUUUCUUCCCAGAAUUUCCGCAGCAUCGAGUAUUUUUAUAUUGCGCCUACAUCUGUUGACUCACGCAACGGAUAUCGCUGAGAAUGAGAGACUGCUUGACGACUUAGGUCGGUCUUCUGUGUCAUAAAGGUGGUAACCAAUGGCCAACUUAACUUCGUCGAAACUCUCACCGAUAGGUGAGUUUUUUGGUAAAGGGGUCGGUUUCAGUUUCUAAAGAAACUAUGGUUCCGGGAGGGGGAAGGAAUUAUAUGAUAAUUUGGUUUUAGCAACUGAGUUGAUCAUGUGAAUUGGCCACCAUAGAGAGUUUGUUAAGCUGACGUUCCGAACGUAACGUCAGCUGUUAUUCAGAGCGAAAUGAGUUUAGUAGUAGGCACGCAAGUGGGGAAAUUUUCAGACUUUCCGGUCAGAGAUACAGGCAUAGGAGGAAAUGGAACCUUUUCACAGCGCUCUAUGACCCUAUGACCUUUUUAUUCUUUCUGAUGCUCGCUGGUUCUCCUGUGAUAGAGGACAUUCCUCACAACUGAACAAUUAGUGGUUUAUAUUGACAGAUAUUCUGAAUACUCCUACGUUUGCUCUUUGUAGGUAAAUAUGUUGUUUUUCAUAUUUCACAUUUACCCCUGAACACCAGUCUUAUCAAUGAUGGAGGGUGGAGAAUUUUGAGGGGGAUCACAUGGUUUUAUCGAGCAGUGGAGGGGGGUCAGUCGUCAACAACAAAGUUAUAAGGGGGGAGGGGGGACUACAGAAAGUAAUUAAUUUUCCAUUUCAUUAUUCGUUUCCCGUUGUUUCUUUCAUUUUUAACGGUAAUGAUUAAAGGUUCCGAAUGAAUAGCAGCGGAUCAGUUUGUAAAGCUUGAACGUUGAAGUUAGACAACGUAAAUUGAUUGCUCUCGACUUUUCGGAUACUUAAUGGAAAUUCAACAUCGACCAGUAAUCGAAUAUAAUGCACAACUCACGUCACUGCGUGACCUCAUAUCCUCUCCAAAAGGACACUGUCACUCAAUCAAUCAGUGAUUGCAUAUAAACAAGUUAUACAUAUUUUCUUAUUUCUUUUACCAACCAAUUUACUUCGAACAUCUUAAUUAAAAAGAGUAGUGUGACAUUACAUAUUUACCGGAUCUUUUACCAAAUUAAAUGGAUGUGAUUUGCACGGUUCAUUUAAGCGAUAAUCGUGCCGUAAAACCAGACUAAUAUCUUCGACGCUCACACUCAAGAAUUUAAUAUUUAUUUAUUAGCUGUUCCGCACUUGGGAGAUAUAUUCCGACAAACAAAAUACAAACAAUGAUUACGGUUACACAUUUCAUUAGAUUUCGUCUGUUUUAUUAGUUUAAUUGCAGACAAUACGAUCGGGAAAGGAAUAUGCCGACAGAAACAUCUGCAAUUAUUUUACCGUAAGCUUUUUGCUUAAAACUUUCCUUUCAUAAAUGUAAAUAUUUUGUAAAUUUCUGGCAUUGAUGUCGUCCGUCAUCAUUGAAUGAUUUGAAUGAUAAAAUGGAAAAAAAUGAACGAAAAAAAUGGUAAGAUGCAAAUGUAUCAGAAUAUUUGUAUUGUUGUUCCGCAGGUAAAAGUUUCAAAUGCACCAAAAUGUUUUUAAUGUAGGUGAAAAAUCAAGUGAUCUGCAUCCUGUUUAACAAAUAGAUCGAUUCGUUUUAGGAUGAUCUACUUAACAGCCUUUAUAAAAUAAUACAUAACUAGAAAGUGACGACGAUUGUGUCAAUAAUUGGCCACGGAAUAGUUUGAGAGACCAGUGGUACAUACUCGGUAAAAAUUGACCGAAGUAUUACCCUCCUCCCCCCCCCCCUCCUCUCCCAAAUAACCUUUUUUUUAAUAAGCGGCACUCUACCAAGGGAAAUUAACAAAGAGAAAAGAACAUCUGCUGUUUCUGUCAUCAAUAGGGUGUCACAGUGGAGCGUUUGCAUUCGUAAUUGGUCAGUGAACAGUAAAAAGGAACACAACAUUUGUUGCAACCUGGCUUCUUCAUUGUUACCUCAGAAUCAUCUCAAAAUGACCAAUAUGUCUUCGUCGACUUCUGCUGGUGUCAGCCGACGAAACGAUACAAAUGAUGUAUAUGAUGGCACUCAGGGGGAAGGCAUUGCAUUGUGCAGCGCUUUAACGCUAACAUUUAUUCUAGUUGUCGUGGGAAACUUACUCACCAUAGUUGUUUUUGCGAAGAACAAAAAUAUUCGCAAGAAAUAUUUGUUACUAGUUGUCAACAUGGCGUUUGCUGAUCUGUUCUUAGGAGCUUUGAGUUUACCAGUAUACAUUUACGAUGUUGGGUAUGUUUUCCACCUAUGGACCACGUUCGUUGGAAACUUAUGGACCGACAAGCCUAUCUUAAUUUCCUACAUGAUCGUUGACACAGCUUUCUCGCAGGCCUCUCUUAUUUCUGCAGUGUUCAUAACGUGUGAAAGAUUUUACGCCAUACGUUGGCCGUUUAAGCAUCGAAACUUAUCGACACAAGCAUACCGCAUAGCUAUUUUCCUAGUGUGGGUACUAGCUUUCCUUAUUUCCGCAACCGUGACCGGUUCAUACCUAUUAUUUUCUUACAAGUACACUAUGUUUUUUUGGGGGCCAUACACUUUGAUUCUCAUUUUAAUCACAUGUGGCUGUAAUAUUGGUAUCUGGAAAAAGUUUAAAACUGGAAGAGUCGCCGCUUCACAUCAAGAAAGCCGAGAAUUUCAAAACAAGCGCUUAACAAAGACUUUGUUAAUUGUAUCUGGCCUUACUUUACUCGCUUGGCUGCCGCUAGUUUUGUCAAACUUUCUAAUGGAUGUAUGGUUUUUCCAUGUACCAAGACGAUUUUAUGAUAUGGUAAACCUUUUCAACUACUUCAACUCCUUUGUCAAUCCAAUUUUUAACGCAUUAAGAAUUGCUGAGUUUCGACGAGCACUGGCUUUAUGUUGUACAGGAAGACAUGUGCAAGCAGCUGUAAACACAAAGCUUUCUAAAAGAAGGAAAGAGAGGCACGGAACGACUGAGUUUAGUCGUGAACUGGCUCUUGAACAAGAUGUUAUGGAUACUGAGAUUAGUCAUGAAGUGGCUUUUGAACAGAAUGUUAUGGAUACCAAAAUGUAA